GACCCCCGCCUCCCCCACCCCGGCCCCUGGGUCCACAUCCAGUGCCAGGACCCACGCCCGGCCCAGCCCCGGGCUCCUGCUCCCGGCCCCGUGCGGGUGCUGGUGGGUGUCGCUGCAAAUGCGCUGGCGGAGGCCUGGGGAACCCGAACUCUGCAGCAGGGCCGGGGCGCGGGCGUGAGCCCAGGUGACGCUGGCCCUCGGCCUCUCCACAGACCAGCAUGAAGAACAUGGAGCGGGAGCUGAUUUGCCCGGCCUGCAAGGAGAUGUACAAGCAGCCGCUGGCGCUGCCCUGCACGCACAACAUGUGCCACGUUUGUGCCAGCGAGAUCCUCAUGCAGCAUGGCUACCUCUGCUGCGACCCCAGCUCUGAGCCCUCCUCGCCUGCCUCCACGCCGGCCACCCGCAGCCCUCGCCUGGGCCGCAGGGCUGUGCCCAAACCCGAGCGCCUGGACCGGCUGCUCAAGACAGGCUUUGGCACCUACCCAGGGCGGAAGCGCGGGGCCGUGCACCCUCAGACCAUCAGCUUCCCAUGUCCAGCCUGCAAGCGGGAUGUGGACCUCGGCGAGCGCGGCUUGAGCAGCCUGUUCCGCAACCUGACACUGGAGCGGGUGGUGGAGCGGUACCGCCAGAGCGUCAGCAUCGGCAGCGCCAUCAUGUGCCAGCUCUGCAAGCCACCGCCGCUGGAGGCCACCAAGGGCUGCGCUGAGUGCCGGGCCAGCUUCUGCAAUGAGUGCUUCAAGCUCUACCACCCCUGGGGCACCCAGAAGGCCCAGCACGAGCCCACCCUGCCCACCCUCACCUUCCGGCCCAAGGGCCUGCUGUGUCCAGAGCACAAGGAGGAGGUGACGCACUACUGCAAGACCUGCCAGCGGCUCGUGUGCCAGCUCUGCCGCGUGCGCCGCACGCACACCAGCCACAAGAUCACGCCCGUACUCAGCGCCUACCAGGCACUCAGGGAGAAGCUGACCAAGAGCCUGGCCUAUAUCCUGAGCAACCAGGACACGGUGCAGCUGCAGAUCGUGGAGCUGGAGGAGACAGUGAAGCACACGGAGGCAAAUGGGUCUCAGGCCAGGGAGGAGGUGUCGCAUCUGAUCCAGGGCCUGUGCACGGUGCUGGAGGAGAAGCGGGCGACACUGCUGCAGGCCGUUGAGGAAUGCCAGCAAGAGCGGCUCACCAGCCUGCACACCCAGAUCCGUGAGCACCAGGCCAUGCUGGAGAACUCGGGCAUGGUGGGCUAUGCCCAGGAGGUGCUCAAAGAGACUGACCAGCCCUGCUUUGUCCAGGCCGCCAAGCAGCUGCACCACAGGAUGCUCAGGGCCAUGGACUCACUGCAGAGUUUUCGCCCUGCGGCCACGGCAUCCUUCAGCCACUUCCAGCUGGACGUGAGCCGGGAGAUGAAGUUGCUCACAGACCUGACCUUCGUCAAAGCGCCUGAGGCCCCAGUGAUCGACACGCAGCGCACCUACGCCUAUGACCAGAUCUUCCUGUGCUGGCGCCUGCCACAGCACUCGCCACCUGCCUGGCACUACACCGUGGAGUACCGCAAGACUGACACCAAGGCCAAGGCGCUCAAGCUAUGGCAGCGGCGGGAAGAGGUGCGGAGCACCAGCACCCUUGUGGAGUACCUGGACACCGACAGUGUCUACGUGCUGCGCGUCCGGGGCUGCAACAAGGCCGGCUUUGGCGAGUACAGUGAGGACAUCUAUCUGCACACGCCGCCUGCCCCAGUCUUGAACUUUUUCCUGGACAACCGCUGGGGCUUCAGCCGGGAGCGCUUGGCCAUCAGCAAAGACCAGCGGGCCGUGCGCAGUGUGCCCGGCGUGCCCAUGCUCUUCGCCGCCGAGCGCCUCAUGACCAGCUGCCACCUCUCCAUCGACCUAGUCAUAGGGGACGUAGCCAUCACCCAGGGCAAAAACUACUGGGCCUGCUGCGUGGACCCCAGCUCCUACCUGGUCAAGGUGGGCGUGGGGCUGGAGAGCAAACUGCAGGAGUGGUUCCAGGUACCACAGGAUGUGGUGAGCCCCAGGUACGACCCAGACAGUGGGCAUGACAGUGGGGCAGAGGACACCACAGUGGAUGCAUCGCCCCCAUACGCCUUCCUGACCAUCGGCAUGGGCAAGAUCCUGCUGUCCCAUGGCUCGGCCUUGACCUCGCGUGACCCCAACGGCUGCACCGUGCCGCUGCCCCCACGCAUCGGCAUCUGCCUGGACUACGAGCAGGGCAAGGUGAGCUUCUAUGAUGCUGUGUCCUUCCGGGAGCUGUGGGAGUGUGGCGUGGACUGCUCGGGGCCUGUCUGCCCGGCCUUCUGCUUCAUCGGGGGCGGCGCGCUGCACCUGCAGGAGCUUGUGGCUAGCAAGCAAGAGCGCAAGGUCACCAUCGGCGGCUUCUCCAAACUGGACUAGCGGGGCCUGGCUGCCGGGUUGGCAGCUGGCAGUGGGACCCCAGUGCCAGCCUGGCCUCACCUUCCUCCCAGGAGUGCGCUCCAGGGCCUGAAGGUAUAAAAGGGGUCCUGAGCCAUGGCCCAGUGGUGGGGCCACAGGGGCUGACCCUGCCUGCAGGGACCCAGCCCCAAGUCAAGGCCCAAAGCCACGUGGUGCCUCCUGGGCUGGGUAGUCUCUGGGCUGGGUAGUCCCAGGCCGGGCUGCUGCCCCUCCCCUGGUGCCCCGGAGCGGUUGGCUCCUGGCAGCAGGUGUGAAUCCAAGGUUACAA